AUGGCUACUGCAAAUGAAACACUAAGAGAAUUGGCUUCUGAUUUUUGGGCCACUUUGUGCAGAGCAUUUUUAGUAGAAGCACGAUGGUUUGCUUCAGGGAAGUUGCCAAAGGCGAAGGAGUACUUGGAGAAUGGGAUCACUAGCUCGGGAGUGCAUAUAGUCCUGGUUCACAUCUUCUUCCUCCUUGGCCAAGGCUUAAAUAAUCAGAAUGUGGAACUCAUUGACAGCAAUCCUGGCAUGAUAUCAUCCACUGCAACAAUCCUUCGACUCUGGGAUGACUUGGGAAGUGCCAAGGAUGAGAAUCAGGAUGGGAACGAUGGAUCCUAUGUUGAUUGCUACAUGAAGGAGCACCAAGGCGUUGAACUUGAAAGUGUCCGGAAACAUGUUACCCAUAUGAUUUCAAACUCUUGGAAGCGCCUCAACCACAAAUGCCUCUCUCAAAAUUCAUUUUCGUUGUCUUUCGCCAGGGCUUCUCUAAACAUUGCCAGAAUGGUAGAUGGAACGUGUAUCAUACGCGACAGAAAAUCAGAACUUCAAUUGCAAGGAGAUGACUAUGUGAGUCAAAUUGAAGAGCUGAAAGGAAAAGUGAGGAUGAUGCUAAACAAUGCAGAAGAGCUAUUGGAUCAACUAGAGCUGAUAGACAACUUGCAGAGGUUUGGAGUGACAAAUCAUUUUGAGGAUGAGAUUAACGACAUACUUGGGAACAUCUACAAGAACAACAGCAACGAUCAGAGGGACAAAGACAACUUAUAUGCAACUGCUUUGGAAUUUAGGCUCGUCAGGGAAAAUGGACACCAUUCUUCUACAGAUGUUUUUGUCAGUUUUAGGGAUGAGACAGGCAAUUUCAGGCUCCCUCUAAAAGAUGAUAUCAAAGCAAUGCUGAGCUUGUAUGAAGCUUCAUACUACUGUUUUGAAGGAGAGAGCAUCAUGGAGGCAGCUUGGAAUAUCACGUCUGAACAUCUCAGAUAUGUCAAUGGUGAUGCGGAUCCUAAUCUUGCCAUCCAAGUCAGGCAUGCCCUACAGCUUCCGCUACACUGGAGGAUGCCAAGGCUAAAAGCAAGGUGGUUCAUUGAUGUAUGUGAAAGAAUAGAAGACUUGAAUCCCGUUGUAUUACAGCGCAAAUUGGACUUCAACAUUUUACAAGGAAUAUACCUGGAAGAACUCAAAGAUAUGUCCAGGUGGUGGAAAAAUACUGGUCUAGGAGAGAAAUUGAGCUUUGCUAGGAAUAGGUUGGUAGAAUCCUUCUUAUGGACAGUGGGAAUUGCUUUCAAACUUCAGUUUGGAAGCUGCAGGAAAAUUCUUACAAAGGCCAUUGCACUAAUCACAGUGAUGGAUGAUAGUUAUGACGUCUAUGGUACCUUGGAUGAACUUGAGCUCUUCACUGAUGCCGUUGAGAGGUUGGUGGGAAAAUAUACUCAGGCAAUGAAACAACGCCCGGACUGCAUGAAGAUAUGCUUCCUUGCCAUUUACAACUCAGUUAAUGAGAUGGCUUACGACAUUCUCAAGAAGCAUGGCUAUGAUUGGGUGGAUUUACUAGGAUCCUACUUGUUGGAGGCAAGAUGGUACCACAGUGGAUAUACACCAACUUUGGAAGAGUACAUGAAGAACUCCUGGAUAUCAAUAACAGGCCUUCUAAUAGCAAUUCAAGCAAGUCUAUUUGUAACAAAUCAGAUAAACGAGAAGGAAUUAGAAUUCCUAGAAAGCUACCCGGAUAUAUUACAAUGGUCAUCUGUGAUUUUUCAACUUCAGGAUGAUUUAGGAACUUCAUCGUUGAUUACCAUGCACAGCUCAACUUGUUCACUUGUUACUCAAGACGAGUUAAAGAGAGGAGAUGUUGCAAAAUCAAUCCAAUGUUACAUGCAUGAAAAUGGCGUCUCCAAGGAAGCUGCCCGUGAACACAUUAGGAAUGUAAUGAGAGAGUCAUGGAAAAUGGUAGACGUGCACCAAGCUGCUGUGUCUCCCUUAUCCCAGAAUGUCACUGGAAUCAUACUGAAUCUUGUGAGGACGGCCCAUUGUAUUUAUCAACAUGGAGAUGGACAUGGUUAUCAAAACCACAAGACUAAAGUUCAUGCAAUGUCAUUGCUUUUUGAUCCCAUCCCUUUAUAGGGAGAAAAACCUGCCUUCUCUCAAUGUGGCUGCAGCGGUGAAGAAGAAUAUAGGUGUGGGUCAUAGGCGACUCAUGCAUAGGCUUCUGGUUUUCUAAAGAAAGUUGUUCGAUACAAACAUGUCCCCUGGCUCUCGUAGUAAGAAACAAUAGCAGAAAUGUAUAGAUUUUCUUCUACCUUAAGCAGGGUUCACAGCAGUUUCAGCCCGUUUAAUACCAAA